CAACUAAUGCAGCUACAUGCUUUCACUUUUUGCAGAUUUUCAAUAAGAAAAUCAUCUUUCACAAGGUUCUAGCAAACAAAGGGAGAUAAAAAAUCCAAGAUUCCAUCAGUUUGGUGAAAUCUACAUCAGAUUUUGCAAUCUACAUUUUCAAUAUUCUCAAAAACUCUCGAAUUAAAGAAGCACAAUUUUCAGGUGGCAGCUUGUGGAGAAGCCUUUUUGUCAAGCAUAUUGUGAUUGUACAAUGGACUUGGUAGAGCCAAUUAUUGAAAUUGUGAAGCUUGUUGGUGGUCCAAUUGUGAGAUAUCUGAAAUAUCAGAUAAAAUUCAAUGGCUAUUUGAAAAAAUUCAAGGAAAGCAAAGAAGGCUUGUCCAAUCGAAAGCUUGAAAUUGAAUCAAGACUAGAGACACAGCUUCAAUCUACAGCUUACCAUGUUGCAAAGGCGGAAGUGCAAGAAUGGCUGAAAGAUGCGGAUAAGUUUAUUGCAAGACAGGAUGUCGAAGAUGAAGUGAACAGUUGGGGUUGUCUCUCUUGCUGUUGUCGAGCAGUGAUUCUAGAGGGAAGAACACAGGAAUUGAAGAAAAUAUAUGAUCGAGGGGAUAACUACACUAGGGACUGUUUGGUCAUUGAAGAUCAGUCCAGGAAACUCAAUUAUGAUGUGAAGAAUUUUAAAGAAUUGAAAGAGAAGCUGCAGCGCAAACAGGGAGAUAUUGGGUCAACAUUGCAUUCACAACUUGUCCAUGGGAAAAUUGAGAAGGAGGAAGUCAAACAUUGGCGGGAAAAAGUGGCAAAGAUAAUUGGCUCCAUUGCCAAAGAUAUUGAAGAUAAAGUGGAUAAAGGCGGCUAUCUCUCACAUGCUUCUGAUCCAACAGCAGUGCUUCUUAGAGAAAAGAUUCAAGAAAUGGAGAAAAUAUAUGAAGAAGGAAGUCGAUUGCCAGACUGUUUGGUCAAUGAUGAUCUAUCAGCUUCACUAGUUGAAUUGCCAACACCAGAGUUACAAGGCAGUGAGGGUGUUAAAGCAAAUAUUUUGGCAUGCUUGAAGGGAGAAGAGGUGACAAAGCUUGGGGUGUGGGGGAUGGGGGGAGUCGGGAAAACAACAAUUAUGAUGCAUGUCCACAAUGAACUGCUGAAAGAAGAUAAAUUCAAUGAAGUAAUUUGGGUGACUGUGUCACAAAACUUUGAUAUCUACAACUUGCAAGAACAAAUUGCCAGCAGCUUGAAGGAAAACCUACAAGAGCGUCAAAAUACAAUUAAACGUGCAGCAACAUUAUCAAAGAUGCUAGAAACACACAAGCCUUACUUGUUGAUUCUUGAUGAUGUGUGGAGUAGUUUCAAACUUGAAGAUGUUGGAAUUCCUGAGCCAAAUGUAACUAAUGGCUGCAAGGUGGUAUUGACUACACGGUCACAAGAGGUUGCUCGUUCAAUGGAUUGUAGAAGAAUCCAAGUGAAGACUCUUUCAGAAGAUGAAGCUUUAAAAUUGUUUUUAAAUAAAGUUGGAGGUACUGCUUUAUCAUGUCCAGGAGGAGGCCUUAAAAAGGACUUAGAAUCAACUUUGAAGAAGAUUGUGGCUCAAUGUGACGGUCUUCCAUUGGCAAUUGUUACAGUUGCUGGUAGCUUAAAAGAAAUAUCCGAGCCACGGUUGUGGAAUGCUGCACUAAAUCAACUGCAAGAUUGCAAAAGAAAUGUAGCAGGUACAGAUAAUGAUGCAUUUAAGAUAUUGAAGUUCAGUUAUGAUCGUUUGAAAAACUCUCAGAUCCAAUAUUGUUUCUUAUAUUGUGCACUAUAUCCUGAGGAUCACAAUAUUCCGAAGAAGGAAAUAACUGAACGUUGGAUUGAUGAGGGGUUUAUAGAUGAAAUGGAAACUCGGCAUGAAAUGAAGGAUGAGGGUUAUGAUAUUUUGAGGAAGCUUGAAGACAAUAGCUUGUUGGAAUUCAUUAAAGAUUAUAGAGGAGAUUGUGUAAGGAUGCAUGAUCUUAUCAGGGACAUGGCAUUGGACAUUACAAGAACGAGUCCUCGGUUCUUGGUUGUAGCUGGCAAGUCAUUGACAGAGCUACCAGAGAAGGUAAAAUGUACAGAAGAUGUUGAAAAGGUUUCAGUAAUGUUUAAUCAGAUAGAAGAUAUUCCAUCAAGCAUGGCAUCUUCAACGUGCACAAGGCUAACAACCUUGCUGCUGGCCCAUAACAAUUUGUUAACAAUUCCAGAAUCUGUCUUUGAGCACAUGCCAGAGCUAAAAAUUCUAGAUCUGUCCUUCAAUUACAAGCUAUGGAGUCUGCCAAAUUCAGUCUCCAAAUUGGUGAAGCUUACUACAUUGUUGUUGGCAUCAACAGCCCUAGAAAAGGUACCAUCUUUAUCAGGCCUUGGAUCCUUGAAAAAGUUGGACCUUGGGGACACAAAUAUCCAAGAAGUCCCUGAAGGCCUGGGAAUGUUGAAGAAUUUGAAAUGUCUUUUUCUUGGUGCAUCUAAAAUAUAUGAAAUAGCAGAUGGAGUACUAUCAAAUCUCUCCAAACUUCAGGAGUUAAUUGUAAAUAGGAGCAGAAUAAAAUUGAAGGGGGAUGUGGUUGGGAGAUUGAAGAAGUUGGAAGUUUUUUAUGGCUGUUUCCCCACUGCGAAUGACAUGAGAAUCUUUCUCAAAUGUCAGCCUAAUAGGUUGAGUACCUAUUUUAUUAUUGUUGGAAGCAACUGGGAAGGGAUUUAUGGCAAUUAUGCGGCUACAGUAGAGUUACCAAGAUAUGAGAAAAUAAUGGUGUUCAAUAAAACUAGUAUUGUUGGAGAGAAUAUGUUAAUCCCUUCCGUACAAGUAUUGUGUAUUGACAGUUGCCACGACAUAAGAAGCUUGAAUGAUUUUUCUGUAAUCAAAGAUGCAACAGAUUUGAGGAGAUGUGUGAUAGAGAAUUGUGAUGGCAUGGAGUGCAUUCUUUCCUCGUGGAUAAACAACCCAGUCGUCCAAACCCUGGAGUAUCUGCGUCUUAAUAAUUUGCACAAAUUGGAUGGGCUGUUUGAAGCAAACAAAUGCAGAAGAGUAAAGAAGUUGUUUCCAUCUUGGAAGUUGGUGGAAUAUCUCCAAAAUCUAGAGGAGAUUGAUGUCGGAUAUUGUGAAGAAAUGGAAGAAAUAAUAGCAUCAGAUCCAGAAGAAGAAGGAGAAGGAGGGGACAUCAUCAAGGAGCUCAUUCUUCCAAAAUUAAAAGAGCUGUCAUUGAAGGGAUUGCCCGCAUUGCAGAGUAUCUGUAGCAGGAGAGCAGUAAUGGUAUGUGAUUUUCUUGAAUCUAUUGAAGUUAGGGAUUGCAACGGCUUAAGGAGGAUUCCGUUUCAUCUCCCUCCUAGUCUAUCUCUUUAUGGGUUGGACAACUUGGAUUGGCUAUUUGAAGUAGAAUUGAUUGCCAUGUCACCACCUCAGCCUCACCCUUUUUCAUUUCUUAAAAAUGUUACGAUUGAGAAAUGCAGAAGAGUAAAGAAGUUGUUUCCAUCUUGGAAGUUGGUGGAAUAUCUCCAAAGUCUUAAAAGUAUUUAUGUCCGUGAUUGUGAAGAAAUGGAAGAAAUAAUAGCAUCAGAUCCAGAAGAAGGAGGAGAGGAAGGAGGGAACAUCAUCAAGGAGCUCAUUCUUCCAAAAUUCAAAAGUCUGUAUUUGUAUAAUUUGCCUGCAUUGAAGAGCAUCUGUAGCCGGAGGGCAGUAAUGGUAUCUGAUUCUCUUGAAAAUAUUCAUAUUAGCAAUUGCAAAGCCCUAAGAAGGAUUCCUUUUCGUCUCCCUCCUCGUUUAUCUCUUGAGAAGGUGGACAACUUGGAUUGGGGGUUUGAAGAAGAAUUGAUUGCCAUGUCACCACCUCAGCCUCGCACUUUUUCAUUUCUUAAAGAAGUUGUGAUUAUGAGUUGCAAAAAAAUAAAGAAGUUGUUUCCAUCUUGGAAGUUGGUGGAAUAUCUCCAAAGUCUUGAAAGAAUCUAUGUCUACGAAUGUGAAGAAAUGGAAGAAAUAAUAGGAUCAGAUCCAGAAGAAGAAGGAGAAGAAGGAGGGGACAUCAUCAAGAAGCUCAUUCUUCCAAAAUUAAAAAAUCUAGAAUUGUCGGGGUUGCCCGCAUUAAAGAGCAUCUGCAGCAGGAAGGCAGUAAUGGUAUGCGAUUCUCUUGAAGAGAUUAUAAUUAGGGAUUGCAAGGGCCUAAGGAGGAUUUCUUUUCAUCUCCUUGCUCGUCUAACUCUUUCUGAGUUGGACAACUUGGAUUGGCUGUUUGAAGUAGAAUUGAUUUCCAUGUCACCACCUCAGCCUUGCACUUUUUUAUCUCUUAAAAAAAUUAAAAUUCAGAAAUGCAGAAGAGUAAAGAAGUUGUUUCCAUCUUGGAAGUUGGUGGAAUAUCUCCAAAAUCUAGAGGAGAUUGAUGUCGGAUAUUGUCAAGAAAUGGAAGAAAUAAUAGGAUCAGAUCCAGAAGAAGAAGAAGGAGGGGACAUCAUCAAGAAGCUCAUUCUUCCAAAAUUAAAACGGCUGAGAUUGGAGAGAUUGCCAACAUUGAAGAGCAUCUGUAGCAGGAGGGCAGUAUUGGUAUGUGAUUUUCUUGAGUCUAUUACCAUUGAGGGAUGCGAGGGCCUAAGGAGGAUCCCUCUUUCUCUUCCCCUAGUUGAUAACGUCCAACCAUCUCCUCCUCCUUCCCUCAAAAAAAUCUACAUGCGUAGACGAGAGGAGGAAUGGUGGGAAUCGUUGGAGUGGGACCAUCCCAAUGCAAACGAUGUCCUUCAACCCAUGGUUCGAUUUUUUCCUGCUAUUUUCCCGUUUCCAUCAUCAAAGUCGGAAUAGUCGAAAUCGGCCGAUUAUCCACAAGAUUGAAAGGAAGCCGGUUUAUUCAGCCAGUCUGUUGCUUUUCGUUCCAGGCUUCAAAGGAUGUCCUUUCUACUACCCUUGUGUGGAUUGUUUUAGUGUGAUUCUUGUGUUUUCAUACUCUCUGUAAAUUAAUAGUGUUGAAAACUGAUUUAAAAUCCCAUAUGUAUUCUUAUGUAUUUUGCUGCAUUGUUAUAUAUCUUGGUUGUACCAUGUACAAACAUAAAUAUGUGUUUUCAAU